AUGGAGUACGUGUUAAGUGAGAAAGGUAAACGAAAAUUUUGUUAUAACAAUUUCCUCUUCAUCGAAGAUCGAAGUGUCGACACAAAAGUAUAUUGGAAGUGCGAUCUCAGUCGAAAAUAUAAGUGCCGCGCUCGUGUAAUAACCGUGGAUGGACAAGUGUCUUCAUCUAACAACGACUAUAACCACAAUGCCGACGCUGCAAGAUUAGAAGCAACAAAAGUUAUGCAGAGAAUAAGAGAAGAUACAGAAAACACGAGGGAUUCUCCGCAAUACAUUCUGUCCCAAGCUUCUACAAACAUAGGAGCAGCUCUUGCAGCCAAAUUACCUUGCGUUGGAAAUAUGAAGCGAACCAUUAGGAAAGUAAGAGAAAAAAAGAAGUUGCACCAGCCAAUCCAAGCAGAAGAGAGGAUCUCAUUUUACCAAAUGAAUUUAAAACGAGUGAGGCUGGAGAAACUUUUCUCUUGUUUGACUCAGGACCUAUACCUAAUAGAAUCCUGA